AAAGCUUAGUAAAGAUCGAUUAAGAAAUUAAGAAAUUCGAUAGCAGCAUAUCAAAAAGAUUGCUGACUGAGAGAUGUGGCAGCAAAUCUCUUACGCAGACGAUAUACAUCUCCAAUCCUUCCAAGACGUGCACUGUGCAGACAGAUGGGCUAGAUGGCUUGUGGCAGUGAAACCUCAGUGCAGUCAGCUUUAGUAAAUUUCCUGAAGCAGCACACACUUGAAGAUCAUGUGAGUGAUGUUGAUGAGAUAGUACUGAGCUAUGUGCUGAGUAUUCUGGAGGACCUAGGAGAUGGAGAGAGUCCGGAGGAGGAUAUUGACGUGGACCAGUUCAUAGAGGUCAUGGAUGCAUACAUUCCAGGCUUCGGAGAAAUAGACAGUGUUAAAGUCUGUGAGUGGAUGUUUGAGCUGGCCUCAGCUUUAAAAGAGGGUAGCUCUGGGGCAUCAGAUGAGCCCACAUUCCCAGCUUUGAACCCAGACUUGAUCUUUGGGGCCUGCAAGAUAGAGCCUGACACCAGAGCACAGGCAAGGGUCCGCAACCAGAACUCUACAGGGGACAGUGACAGGAGCUGCUCAGAGUCGUCACAAGAGGAGGUUGACAGCGUUCUAGACACACUGGUGGAGAUGUUUCCUGGCACGCUGCGACUCGAGCUGGAUCACUGCCUACAGGGGGCACAGGGCGACGUGGAGGCCGCUGUACAGCUCGUGCUUUACAGACAGGAGGCCGGGCUUGCAAUCACACAAGAUAAACAGGCAAAACAGAAGAAAUCUAAAGCCAUUACACCCUUAGAUGACAAAAAAGCAAAGGAAAAACUUAUGGAAAGGUAUGGCUUUAUAGACGUGGAUGAAGACAAAAGGCAACACAAACCAUCUGCUCCAAAGACAGAGUCCAAGAAGCUUGUACGUUACCUUGACAGCCAGGUUGUGAACACCAAAGGUCAGAAGUUCACUGAGAUUAAAAAAGAUGACUCAGAGGAGAUGAAAAAGACAUACAUCAACCUUAAACCUGCCAAGAAAUACAGAUUUCACUAGUUUUUAUGGCGUUUUUGCUAUAUUUAUGAUAAUUUUUAUGAUAAUGACAUUUUGUGAUAUUCAGAUUAGGGUUCAGAAUGUUCGAAUGUGUAGUUUUGUCCAUUAUUAUGUUGUAGAACAAUGAUAUCUGUGAAAAAAUAAUCUGAUUGUUUAUUUUUAUUUUUUUGUAUCUUAGGGUGGAUAUUUGUGAAGAAGUUGCGAUGAAAAGAUAAUCUGAUUGUUUAAUGUUAUUUUUUUUUAUAUCCUAGAGUAGAUAUUUGUGAACAAGAUACACCAACAAUCUGAUUGUUUUAUUUUUUUAUAUCUUAGGGUAUAGAUGAUUCUGUUGUUAUUUUUUUACAUUUAGAAAUUGUGACAAAAAGGGUGUCACUUUAACCUUGUCAUUUUUAAAAGUAGAAAAAGCAACUGUUAUAUCAUGUGUGAUGUAAGAUCACACAUCAACACCAAAACAUUGUUAGUGUUUUUUUGCGGAUGCAAAUGGGAUUGCAACAAAGAUACAAUCUUUAGACAGCCUUUGAUGAUAACAACUCCCAAAUUACCAUUAGAAUAAAACCUACACUAUAAACCAAUAAAAUUGCAGAUAGGCAAUCAUUAUAUACUAGACCUAAUUGUUAAUUUUUUUCACCUUUUGCGGGUGUUUAAAGGUCCGCCUACUGCCACUCUGUGUCAGAAUUUGCAUUGUCAAUGUAUCAGCCAAUGAGGUUGUAUUCUUAGUCAGUUUAAUGACAUGAAGCUUCAAGUAAUUGCUAGUGAUUAAGAAUGGUUCAUUCGCUUCGCUCGCUCCACCCAUUCUUAUUCAUUUAGAAUUUACUUCAUGUCAUCUAAUUAUUACUUAAGUCAUAUAUUAGUUUUAGUUAGUUAGUUAUAAAAGCAUUCUAAAGAUUUUUCUCAAAUGAGAGUUUAUAUAUUAUAUUAAUUUGUGUAUUGUUUCAAUUGACAGCACAAUGUAGAAACGAAAGAUAUCAUAUUAUAAAUUAUAUAAUAAUGUUGAAAUGCUCUGGUAUGCAGCCAUAUUCUUGUAGACCAAUUGAACAAAAUUACAGCCACAAUCUAUAAAUAGUUUGAUAAGCCUUUUGACUGACCUAAGAAAUACUCUCAACCUGACCCAACUCAAUAACCAACUUUAGAUUGAUCUUAAGUUUUAGAUUAGAAUUUAAGUGUUUUGAUUGGCCGGUAUAUAGCUGACCAAUAGGCUUAAUGGAAACACAGGCAUAUCCAAGGAUAAAGAUAAGAUCAAUAUUGAAUUCUACCUCUUGGCUUUUUUCUUUCUUUCAUUUUUCAUUAUGGUGUUAAGGGGUUAGGGAGUAAAUAAAUCAAAACUAUCUACACCUACCUUCCCUUUAAAAUGUGGGUUGGUAAGGCCAAAUAAUUUAUUCAUUAUAGCCCAAUGAAAUUUCUUCCAAUCUUGUUUUUUUAUGAAAAUAAAACCAACUUGUGUUCAAAAUCAUGUCAUUAAAGAAGUACUUGAAGUUAUCAAAGAAGAGCUUUACAUUAUCAUGUCCAUUGUAUACAGAUGUACAUCAUGUCAUUAAAGAAGUACUUGAAAAAAGAGCUUUACAUUAUCAUGUCCAUUGUAUACAGAUGUACAUCAUGUCAUUAAAGAAGUACUUGAAGUUAUCAAAGAAGAGCUUGAAGUUAUCAAAGAAGAGCUUUACAUUAUCAUGUCCAUUGUAUACAGAUGUACAUCAUGUCAUUAAAGAAGUACUUGAAGUUAUCAAAGAAGUACUUGAAGUUAUCAAAGAAGAGCUUUACAUUAUCAUGUCCAUUGUAUACAGAUGUACAUCAUGUCAUUAAAGAAGUACUUGAAAAAAGAGCUUUACAUUAUCAUGUCCAUUGUAUACAAAUAUACAUCAUGUUAUUAAAGAAGAGCUUGAAGUUAUUAUGUCCAGUGUAUACAGAUGUACAUGAUGUCAUUUAAAAAGUUCUUGAAAUUAUCAUGUCCAUUGUAUACAGAUGUAUGUCAUGUCAUUUAAGAAAUACUUACUAAGUUAUGUUCACUGUAUACAGAUGUACAACAUGCCAUUAAAGAAGUACAUGAAGUUAACAUGUCCAUUGUAUACAGAUGUACAUCAUUAAAAAAGAGUCUAACAUUAUCAUGUUCAUGAUGUUUAUAGUUAAAAAUCAGGUCAAAGAAGUACAUAACGUUAUCAUGUCAGUUGUACGUACUGUAUAUGCUUACUGUUGUGUACAUGUCUUUUUAGGCUUACAGUAUAUUUUACAUUUAUAUUAUUUUUUUGGUUUUAUUGAUUACUGUCGCUGCAGUCACUGUAAAUGCCAAGUAAUGUUUUAUAUUUCUUAAUAAAUGAAAGCAAAAUGUUCA